UUAUAAUCUUAAUAAGCAUGGAUGUAUUUCUAAUAAUAAUCAUAUGUGUUCUAGGAUUGCUAUUAAUGUAUGUGAAUAUAUACCUACUUGCUUUAUAUUGUCAUCCUGAAGAUGGAGGAUUUGGAUCAUCAUUAUUUUGCAAAAUUAUUGUUGUUCUAGGUUUAACUCUUUCUUGGUGUCAAACUUUAAUGUUAACAUUAGAUGUUACAAAUGAAAGAAACCAAUAAGGUUUAGAUAUGCAUUUAUGUUGGAUCAUAAUUUACAUUUCAGUAUUUGUAAUGCUGGUGUUUCUCAUCCCUAUUGCUAUAUUUUACUAUGAAUCAGAUGAUGAAAAACCUAUUGUAAAAAUACAUUAAUAUACAAGUGUCAAAGAAUCACUUUAACAUUAGUUUAAGAAUUUAUGGUUUUAGUAUUUGCAUUCUUGACUAUAUUCUUAACCUAUUUUUGGUUAAGAGAUGCUUAAGUUCCUGUUACUGUUUAAGUAUAAGAUGCUACACUUUAAUUUUAAUCAAGUGAAAUCGAUUUGAAUAUUGAUAACUUUAUAAUUACUGAAGAAAAAUAAGAUCAUAUUGCUGCCAUCAUUGAUCCUAUUACUUUUACUAUUGGAUUAAUGUGUUUCUUAGGUUAUUUCUUCCUUAUCUUAUAUGGUGGAAUAGGAAUGAUUGCUUUACCUUUAGAUUUAGUUUGCUCAUAUGGAACAAGACCUAUUUUUGUAAUCAUUGUUAUAAUCUUAGAAAAGUGCUGCUUAAGCUACUGAAAAAAAAAAUAGACUCAAAAGAAUUGUGGCUUAAAUGAUUGAUUAUGCUAAAUAAUUAAGAGAUAUGGAAAAAGAUGUCAAAUGUGCAAGUGGAUGGUGGUCUAAAAGAAAAUAAAAUGCAAAAGUUGAAAAAAGAUAUACUAAAUUGGUUUCAGCAGUUAGUGAACUAGAAGAAGAAUGUGAAAUCUUUCUAUUAGAAUUAGAUAUUGGUAAUGCUAAUCCAUUAAUUUAUAUCUUUAAAUUAUUAUUAGGAAUUAUUUUAUUUACUAUUACUUUAACUUGGCUAUUGCAUCUUUUAUUAAAUGUUAUCAUUACUAUUGAUGGAAUACCAUUCUCACCUUGGUUAAAUAAGUUAUUUAUCUAAUUAGAAAUACAUAAUGUUGGAUUUCUCUCAGUUUUCUUCUUUGGAUUAUUUACACUCUAUUUAUUAUGGUGUGUCACUAAAGGUAAUUUAGUAUUUUCUAUGCCAUGGAUAUUCAAGUUUCAUCCCAUGAAGUAAUCAAUCUUUUUUAUUAUUUUAGAAUCAAUGAAACCUGGAUGAAUUCAUUUCUAUUUAAUAUUGUUUUAAUUUUAAUCAGCUCUGUUGCUCUAUGUCAUUUUAGUACAACAAUCUUUUCUUAAUACACAAGAUUAACAACUGUUGAUUUGAUAUUUGGAACUUAAAUCAAAUACCUUAAGAUUUUUAGUUGGGCCUUUCAAAAUAAAGUAUUUGAAUAUGCCUUAUUCUCAUGGACCAUUUUAGCUGGAAUUAUACAAAUGUUUAUCAAAUGUAGAAAACCUAAAUUACUUGAUUAAAUUGAUUAAAAAAAGAAAAAUUUAAAAGGAAAUUAUGAAAUCGAAUUAAAAGAACUAUUUCUAAAAUGA